UGUACUUGUAACAUAUGAUUCGUAUAAAAAGCCUUUCCUUCACUGAAUGUGAUAUCUGUGGUCAACCGCCACAAAUCUCGGAGACAGGUCUGAGAAACAAGUGGGGCAAACCUAACACCCAAAAAAUGGCUUCCUCUCCUAGUACUUCCUAGAGAAGUUGAAUUUUAAAGCCAUGGGUUUUGUGCGUAAUAUUUUCGUCGCAGUAGCUGAUAUGAAGAUAGACCGAUGGGAGACCUGGACUUGGGACAUGUGAACUGGGUUGAUGUUUCCUGCACUUAUUCAUACGAUUACUCAUCUGAAAGGUGGGAUAUUUGGAGUUCCACUCUUCCAUAAGAGAGAAAGCCAGUUCUCCAUCAGAACACCAUGGGGCUUAUCCUUCCCACCAGCUUAUGUUGACACAUACAGCCUGAGUAGACGCAGGAAAAUCUAUUCCCAAGAAAAAGGUUUUAGGUAUCAAAGCAUGGAAAAACCAGAAAGUGAUGUGGCUAUCAUAGAUUACUUGCAAGAUGUGCCUCUUUCAGAUUCAUAUGAAGCAGCCUUGGAAGCUCUUUCUUCUCUUAUUAGACAGCAAAAACGUGGAGAUCAAAAAACUAUUGGUGGUAAAUAUGGAAAAUUGGACAGGAUGCGGAUGUAUCUUAAGAUACUAGACUUGGAAGAGCGUGUGGCUGGGCUCAAAAUUAUCCAUGUUGCUGGAACUAAAGGGAAGGGUUCAACAUGCACAUUCUGCGAGGCUAUUUUAAGGGAAUCUGGUUUCCGAACAGGCUUGUUUACUUCCCCUCACCUAAUUGAUGUUAGAGAAAGAUUCCGGAUAAAUGGAGUGGACAUAUCUGAAGUUAAAUUUUUAUUGUAUUUUUGGAAUUGCUGGAAUCAGUUGAAGGAACAUGAAACUGAGGAUCUCCCAAUGCCCCCACUAUUUCAGUUCUUGACUGUGUUGGCAUUCAAAAUAUUUGUCUGUGAACAGGUAGAUGUUUCUAUCAUUGAAGUUGGUCUCGGUGGAAGAAACGAUUCAACAAAUGUGAUUGAAAAGCCUGUUGUCUGUGGAAUUACUUCUCUGGGAAUGGAUCAUACAGAAACAUUGGGCAACACCAUUGGACAGAUUGCUUCACACAAGGCUGGAGUUUUCAAGCAUCAAAUUCCUGCCUUUACGGUGCUGCAAGUUUCUGAAGCAAUGGAUGUUCUUCAGGAGAAUGCUCGAGAACUGAUGGUCCCCCUGAAAGUAGUGGAACCCCUUGAUUCAAAAGCAUUGAAUGGACUAAAGCUUAGUUUGUCUGGUGAUCAUCAGUUCUCUAAUGCUGGUCUUGCUGUUUCCCUUUGUAAAAGUUGGCUUCAAAGAACAGGAAAUUGGGAGAAGCUAUUCCAUAAAGAUAACAGGGAAGCUAAUUUGCCGGGGGCAUUUCUUAGAGGUCUUUCUACAGCACAUAUUUCUGGGAGGGCUCAAAUUGUUCAUGAUUCUUCUUCUUCAAGCUCCCAUGUAUCAUCAGAAGUAGCUGAAACUUCAGGCGAUCUCAUUUUUUACUUGGAUGGAGCUCACAGUCCAGAGAGUAUAGAGGCAUGCGCCAAAUGGUUUUCUGUUGCCGUUAAAGGAAACAACCAUUCACCAUCAUUGGUUUUGUCUUCUUCACACAACAUUGAAAAUAUAAACGUAGUGUGGAAAAAUGGUCAUAUGCAGCAUGAGAAAUGCAACAUUCAAGAAUUCAAUAAAAUAUCAAAGAAGAUUCUUUUAUUUAAUUGCAUGGAGGUCAGAGAUCCUCAGAUUUUGCUUCCACGGCUUGUGAGUACAUGUGCUUCUUCAGGUACUUUCUUCUCAAAGGCCAUUUUUGUUCCAAGUAUCUCAACAUAUAACAAGGUUACUUCUGGUACUUCAGUCAUUCCUUCAGAUAUCUCUAGCAAGGACUUGUCAUGGCAAUUCAGCCUGCAGAGACUCUGGGAGAGGAUUGUCCACGGGAUAGAUACAGAUUUACUUGAAAAGAGUACCAAGAUGGAUGGUGCAGAGACCUCACCACUUCGUGAAUUUCUUUACGAGGAUGCUUCUAAUUGCAGUCCUUCAAAUGGUUAUUUGGCUUGCAGCGCUGUAAUUCCUUCAUUGCCCUUGACAAUAAAAUGGUUGAGGGAUUGUGUUAGAGAGAAUCCUUCCCUACGACUUCAGGUUCUUGUCACUGGAUCAUUGCAUCUGGUUGGAGAUGUACUCAAGGUGAUAAGGAGAUGACGUAAAUUAGAAGAGGCGCCAGUUGGGAUUGUCCUAAAUGUUAUUUACUAUUCUUCAACGUUGAUUUUCGUCCACAUUUUUAAAGGCAGCCAAGGUAUAUCAUACAAUCCAAUAAUGCGUCUUCAUUCAAGUUCAAGUGGGUGGCAUAAUUAUAUAUAUUUUUUUGCAAGUAACACUUUGUAUCAUUAUUAUCGUUUACAAAAACUCAUGUAUUGGAAUAUGCAAAAGGCUUCCAUAUGUCUGGUUUUGUCUUCUGAAUCAAUAAAUUUAUGUUUGGAGAUUUAA